GGCACUGCAGUAAUAAAAGUAGUUACCGAUUUCUUGGUGUCAAUUUCACAGUAAUAAAGUCGGUGCAGUCAUUAAUGAUUAAGUCAUCUUCGAUUUUAUACGAGAGUCUUCAUGUAGAAAAUUCAAUUUUACGCGAAUUUAUUUCAGUUUGACCAUCAGCACAAAAUGAUACCAAAUUCAAUUUCACAGUGGCGUAAAAAGGCCUUAAAUCCGUUCAUUUUCGAGAAAGUGAAAGUGUCGAGUGAUAAGAAGUCCCUCCAAACUGAAUCGGAAAGUUUUCUUUUAGUGAAUACAAAACCAUCUUCAAACGACCACUUGCCAUUUCCAAAGGAUUUUACUUUUGAGUCAUGUCUACUACCUACGCGAUUCAAAGAAUUUGCAGAUAAAAUUCGAAAUUUCAAAGUGAAGAAAGAUGAUGUUUGGAUUUUGUCAUAUCCAGAUUCGGGUACAACCUGGGUGCAGAAUAUUGUUUGGCAAUUAAAACAUGGAAUAGAUCAGACAAAGGAACCGAUUUCAUCAUCUGAUGCUCUUUAUUUGGACGGAGAGUUUUUUGUCGAUAGUCCAAAUGAAGUGGCUAGGAAAAAUUUGAGUUCGAAAUUUGAAAAUUCAUUGGAAAGAGUGGAUAAUGAACCAUCGCCGCGAAUCAUAAUAUCACACCUUCCACCGAAUUUACUGCCAGUUGAUCUGUGGACCAUUCGACCAAAAAUCAUUUACAUUGCACGCAAUCCAAAAGAUGUGGCUGUUUCCAUGUUCCAUAUGCUACGCGAUGACUUUAAACACUUUUCGGGGACAAUUGAGGAAUAUUUGAAUCUGUUCCUUGAAGAGAGAAACUGGUACGCUCCAUUUUUUGCGCAUUGCACUAGUUUUUGGCAACUUCGUAACGAGAACAACUUUCUGUUUUUGAGCUAUGAAGAUGUGAUGGCAGAUCGAUUCAAGGGAGUUAAACGAGUUUCCGAGUUUUUACAUUGCUCCAACGUUAAGCAUGAGCUCAAGCUACUCAACGAUUAUCUACCCUUUGAAAAUACGCAGAUUGGCUGCAAAGGAGCCGAUCAAGAUUCGAACAAUCGAUCGUACCGUGAACGAAAACUUAGUGGAUUUAAGGAUGAAAUGAGUGAGGAGUUCAUCAAGAAAUUUGAUGAAUGGACAGCUUCCAAACUGAAGGACUCUGAUUUCAAAUUCAAUGUUUGAAUAAUAACGGACUUUUUAUAUAUUUGAGAGUUCUGAUAGACAUCAUUGUGUAAAAACAGAAAUUUGAGCAGAAAUUUGUUUUAAAUCGAUAUAAAAAUUACAAUCCAAAAA